AUGUUUACCAACCCCCUUGUCUACACAUCUUCAGGUAUCACACCAGACACCACUAGUCCUGGGAAAGGAAGUACUGUUCCUGAGGUAAAACCCACAACAACAGCCACCACCUCUGGCACAACAGGAACAAUAACUACUGCAGACAACUGUGGCCAAGCCCCCUUAAACAGCCGGAUUGUAGGUGGAGAGGACGCCCCACCUGGCCACUGGCCUUGGCAGGUGAGCCUCCAUUAUGACCCUGCAGAUAAACACGUCUGUGGUGGAACUCUCAUCAACAACCAAUGGGUUCUAACUGCAGCCCACUGCAUCUUAAGCCCGUUCACCUUUUUCUGGACCAUUUACCUGGGCAGACAGACACAAAGUAUCCUCGGUAACCCCAAUGAAGAGAUCCGCCUAGUCAGAUUAAUCAUCACUCAUCCUGACUACAACAAGAACACAUUUAACUAUGACAUCGCUCUGAUGAAGCUGGAUGAGCCGGUCAUCUUUACCGACUACAUCAGACCCAUCUGCCUGUCGUCCAGCGCAAGCUCUUUCCACAACGCCACCAACUGCUGGACUACUGGUUGGGGCAAUGUGGGAGCUGGAGAGUCACUUCCAGCUCCUCAGACACUGCAGGAAGUGGAGCUGAACGUGGUGGGCAACAAUGAGUGUGCCUGCAACCCAAUUCUGGGUCACCUCAUUCGCCCCACUAUGCUCUGUGCUGGAGGGAGGGAGGGGAAAGCUGUCUGCCAGGGAGAUUCUGGAGGCCCUCUGCUGUGCAAACAGGGCUCUGCGUGGGUGCAAGCUGGCAUUACCAACUUUGUAGUCCCGUGUGGCACUGGCAAAGCCCCAGAUGUCUUUGCCCGUGUGCCUGCGUACCAGUCUUGGAUCAUGGAGAAUGUGGGAGCUGGACCAGGUCUUGGCUUUGUGAAAUUCACCUCCAAUGGCACAGACACAGACAAUGAUUUCAGCUGCCCUCAGCAGAGUAAAGACAUGUGUGGCACAGCUCCUCUCAACAACAGGAUAGUCGGAGGGCAAGACGCCUCCAUAGGGAGCUGGCCUUGGCAGGUCAGCCUCGAGAGACCCUACGGUCACGUGUGUGGAGGCUCCCUCAUCAACAAGGAGUGGGUGCUGUCUGCUGCACACUGCUUCAGCGGCAGUGACAGCACAAGUGGGUGGACUAUCAGUCUGGGUCGACAGUCCUUGGCUGGUUCUAACCCAGAUGAAGUGUCGAGAACCGUGGCUGAGAUCAUUCUACAUCCUAAUUAUGAUGAGGGCACAAGUGAUAAUGACAUGGCUCUCCUCCGACUGAGCAGUGCUGUUACCUUCAGCGGCUACAUCAGACCUGUUUGUCUGGCGGCCAGCGGCAGCAUUCUCCACCAGGGAACAGACAGCUGGAUCACUGGCUGGGGAAACAUCGAUGAAGGAGGUGACAAGUCUCUUCCGCACCCAGAUGUUCUUCAGGAAGUGGAAGUUCCUGUGAUGGACAACAAAGUGUGUAAUGAGCUAUUGACAUUUACAGAAAUCACAGAAAACAUGAUAUGCGCUGGCCUUCGUGAAGGAGGGAAAGACUCCUGUCAGGGUGAUUCGGGUGGUCCAAUGGUCAACAGAGAUGGUUCUGUGUGGGUCCAGUCUGGGGUGGUUAGCUUUGGGGUAGGCUGUGCUCGACCGAACCUACCUGGAGUCUACGCCAGGGUGUCCCGUUAUGAGGACUGGAUCAAAUCCCACAUCAGCAGUGACCCCCCAGGCUUCGUGCAGGUCAUCACUCCCACUCUACUGCCUCCUGUUUCCACCACAGCCAGUGGGACCAAAGUCACAUGCUCAUUCUGCCUCUACAUCCUUCUGUCUUUUCUCCUCCUUUCUUUCUUCUGAUUGAAUAGAAAUAUUUGUU